AUGAAAUCUGCAGGAGAUCAGGUUGUUGAAGAUGAUACUGGCUUCAAUGAUGAGGAGGAGUCCUUCUUCCAAGACAUUGACCUCCUACAGAAACAUGGGAUUAAUGUGGCAGACAUCAAAAAGCUGAAGUCUGUGGGUAUCUGCACUGUGAAGGGGAUCCAGAUGACUACGCGCAAGGCUCUGUGCAACAUCAAGGGCCUGUCAGAAGCGAAAGUGGAAAAAAUCAAAGAAGCUGCAGGGAAAAUGCUGAACGUUGGUUUCCAGACGGCCUUUGAGUACAGUGCGAAGAGGAAGCAGGUGUUCCACAUCACGACUGGGAGCCAGGAAUUUGAUAAACUUUUGGGUGGAGGUGUCGAGAGUAUGGCAAUCACCGAAGCAUUUGGAGAGUUCCGUACAGGAAAAACCCAGCUGUCUCACACACUUUGUGUUGCUGCUCAGCUGCCAGGCGAGGACGGCUACGCAGGCGGGAAAGUCAUUUUCAUUGACACAGAGAACACCUUUCGUCCAGACAGACUGAGAGACAUCGCUGACAGGUUUAAUGUGGACCACGAUGCUGUGCUGGACAAUGUGCUAUACGCCCGGGCCUAUACCAGUGAACACCAGAUGGAGCUGUUGGACUUUGUUGCAGCCAAAUUCCAUGAGGAGGGAGGAGUGUUCAAACUGUUGAUCAUCGACUCCAUCAUGGCUCUGUUCAGAGUAGACUUCUCUGGUCGGGGGGAGCUGGCUGAGCGGCAGCAGAAACUGGCCCAGAUGCUCUCCAGACUGCAGAAGAUCUCUGAAGAGUACAAUGUAGCCGUGUUCAUCACCAACCAAAUGACUGCUGAUCCUGGAGCAGGAAUGACGUUUCAAGCUGAUCCCAAGAAGCCAAUUGGUGGGCACAUCCUGGCUCACGCCUCCACCACACGGAUCAGUUUGAGGAAGGGACGUGGAGAGAUGAGAAUUGCCAAAAUAUUUGACAGUCCCGACAUGCCUGAGAAUGAGGCCACUUUUGCCAUCUCUGCUGGAGGAGUUACUGAUGCCAAAGAGUGA